AUGACGGUCCUGGCAGAGAGGUCAGACCAGACAGCCCUCACCAAAGAGGAAGCUCAACCUGGUACCUGUGGGGUUGCCCCCACUGUUAAAAAGCAGCAGUUGCAAGCAGCUGCUCUCGGGAUGUCAUGCAUGAGAGGUUCCCGUUUUAUAUGGCUUUCCAGGUGGGGAACGCUGCGCUUGGAAGCAAGUUUCACUUCCCCCUCCAGACCGAAGGUGACAGACACACAGCGAGACCCGGGCGGCUUCGAGCUGUUGUUCAGCCGCAGCCGGGAACCCCCUCCCCACGCUCACAGGUGCCUGCCCGGACGGCGAGGCCGAGACGCCGCACUGAAGCAGAUGCCCAAGCCCUUCCCAGUGCCGGAGGAGAAGACAGAGCCGUGGCCGGCGGCGCAGCGCCUGGCACCCGUCUUGCCGCCAGAGCUGGACCGGGAGCCGCAGCUCUGCCGGGCCCUGUUUGACUACACCCCGGAGCUGCCGGACGAGCUGCCGCUGCGGCGGGGAGAUGUUGUCCAGGUCCUCAGCAAGUGGACAGAGGUUGAGGGCUGGUGGGACGGGCAGUGCCGGCACCAGAGAGGGCUCUUCCCCAACAACUUCGUGGAGCUCCUGCCGGCGCCGGUGCCCACGUUGAAGCCGGCGAUGCCAUCCCGGGACACGGAGUCCGGUGAGUCUGGCCCCAGCGGCCGUCCGGCCCCGGGGGCCUCGGUGUCCCGCCAGGACGGCCGGGCAGCCCCGCGGCCGGGUGCAAGGUGGGUUGGGGCAGCCGGGGGGCCGGCCGUGCCAGGGGGCAGGAGCCCCGUGGGGCACGGGGAUGCGGCGUGGACCGGCACCGAGGUGCUCUCUGCUUCAACUUCCUUCCCAGCGAGGAGCCGAUUUCCUCCGGCGUCACGUGCGCGGUGUGGGGCUGUGGCAGCCAGGGGAGCCUGGCACGGCAUCGCACCACACGGCCGCGUGGGCAGCCCCGCACCAGCAGCAGCCUGUAAGACAGUGAAGGACGAGGAGGGGGAGCACCCGGAGUUGCCAGCACCGGUGAGGAUGGAGCCGGCUAAGCUCCCCCCCAGCAAGAGGAUGGCUCCUGCUCCCCCCAUCCCUGCCAAAGCCAAACUGGCCCCCACUCUGGCGAGCAAGCUCGGCGGCCCCCAGCCCUGCGCCUCGGCCGACACGGAACAGGGCAGAGCUGGCGACCCAGACGCCGACGGCUUCAACACGGUGCCGGUCACCACGGCCAAGCUGAGCCACCCCACUGCCACACGGCCCCGGGUACCCGGCCAGCGGCCCCCCAGCCUCGCCCUGGGGAGUGCGGGGGGUCCCCACGCGGGGCAGGCGCCCGGUCCGCCACGGAGCACGGAGGUGCCAGCGGCACCGCGGCCGGAGGAGAGGCUGGCCCUGGAGGACCUGAAGGCUGAGGUCCGGACCCUGCACAUCCUCGUGGACCUGAUGCGAGUCCAGCACCUGCGGGACCUGGAGGACAUGCGGCUGGAGAUGUGCCAGGAGCGGGCCAAGCGCCAGGCGCUGCAGGCGGAGAUUGAGCGGGUGAGGAAGGUGCUGCCCUGCUAGCGGUAUUGGGGGCUGCGGUGCCCACCCCUCUGCAGCCCCGGGGGUGGCACGUGGUGCUGCGGGAGCUGUGCCGGUGCUGUGCCAUGUGCCCCC